GCACCGCGGGGAAAGGUCGGGGCUCUCCCGUGGGGUGCCUGUGGGAAGGUCUCCAACCGCCGGCGGACAGUGCUGGGUGGCCAAGGAGGGGAUGAAGGAGGCCGGGGGUCAUGCUGAUACUUUUUUCUGCGUUUAAUUCACGGUUUCCAAUGAACAAAGCCGGGAUUAACAGCUCCUGCCAUGAAAUCGAAGCCAAGAAAGCCUGUGAGUGGCUGCGGGCGGCGGGAUUCCCCCAGUAUGCCCAGCUGUACGAAGACUCCUUGUUCCCUCUCGACAUUGGCGCUGUGAAGAAGGACCACAGCUUCCUGGAUCAGGAUUCCCUCAAAUCCCUGUGCAGGAGGCUGAUGACCCUGAACACUUGUGCCUCCAUGAAGCUGGAUGUUCACUUUCAGCGUAAACAGAAUGAAGACUCUGAGGAGGAAGACCUGUGUGCCAUCAGCAACCGGUGGGCUUUCCAGAGGGACAGCAAGAGGUGGUCCCGGGUAGGGUCAGCCGACGUCCUCUCGCAGGGCUCGGAGGCCCUGAGCUGCAGCAUGCGGCCGGUGUCCAGCCGCGAGAGCGUCCUCACCGACCUCAGUACCAACCCGGAGGCCGCGUCCCUGCACAGCACGGGCAGCGUGGGCAGCGUGGGUGGCACGCGUGGCACGCCGGGCGCUGCAGCCGCACCGUCCGAGCCCCCGUCCCCGCUCCGUGCCGCUGCCAGCGCCACCAGCUGCAGGAGCGAGCAUUCCUCGCUGGAGCAGCCCCAGGGCCGCAGGGAGGGCUCCAAGGAGAAGCCAAAGAAACGCCGGUCUCGCAGUUUCCUGAAGCGGAUCGAGUCCCUGCGGAGGAAGGACAAGGAGAAAGCCAGCCCUGACAGGAGGGUAGCCCUGCACAGCAGCAAAACUCUCCCACCCGGAUGGGGCCCCCUGAAGAGUAACGGGGAGCUCGCAGCCACCAGGACCAGCUCCUCUAAAAGAGGGAUACCCGCCUCUUUCCAUGGCAAAAAACACUUCUUCUCGGUGUCGUACAGGACUAACCGCCCGCUCGGCGCCGCGGGCACCGAGGAGGGCUCUGACCAGAACUGCAGCGGGGUCUCCCUGGAGGACUUUGACACGGCUGCCACAGCCAGCAGCACCUGGGCCGCCGCCUCUGCGUGCCAGCGCCGGCGGGCUCGCCGGGGGGACUGCCUGGUCUACAUCCCCUGCGACCACAAGCCCGGCACCUUCCCCAAAUCCCUCUCCAUCGAGAGCUUGUGUCCCCUGGGCGGCAGUUCCCUGACCCACUGGGACCCGGGCAGCGUGGCCGCGGGGCUGGGCGCGGGUGGCAGGGGCGGCAGCAGCAGCAGCACGGAGGGCUCAUCCUCGCCCCGCGGCUUUGCCCGCCGGCGCCGCGGCUCCUGCAGCUCCCUGGGCAGCCGGGUCAGCGUCUACGACAACGUGCCGGACUUCGGCAGCAGCGAGGAUUUCUGCAAGGACGGGGAGGUUACCUUCGAGAACCUCGACGACAUUCUGCAGCACAUGUGGGGGCUACAGCAGAAGGUGGAGCUCUGGUGUAAAGCCAUCGCCCCUGGCCUGGAUGGGGAGGAAGGGGGCGAGGAAGAGGAGGAUGAGGAGGAGUCGGACUCGGGAGGGGAACCCUCCAACCUGCACUUCGAAGAGCGAUCCAUGUCAGACGUAGGCACCUCUGCCAGUGACUUUGACAGCACGGGGAACUCCCUCAACGAAGCUGAAGAGAUUGAGACGCGGGAGCGCCGGGAUUCGGGGGUGGGAGCGUCGCUCACGAGGCCCUGCAGAAAACUGCGCUGGCACAGCUUCCAGAACUCACACCGGCCCAGCCUGAACUCAGCCUCGCUGGAGAUCAACCGCCAGUCCUCGGCCCAGCUCAACCUGCUCCAGAAGUGCUCCCUGCUCCGGCUCACUGCCAUCAUGGAGAAGUACUCGGUGCCCCACAAGCAAGCCUGGACGUGGACUGUCCCCAAGUUCAUGAAGAGGAGUAAAGUCCCUGACUACAGGGACAAGAUGGUUUUUGGGGUGCCCCCCAUCGUCAACGUGCAGCGCACGGGGCAGCCCCUGCCCCAGAGCAUCCAGCAGGCCAUGCGCUACCUGCGCAGCCAGUGCCUGGACCAGGUUGGCAUUUUCCGUAAGUCAGGGGUGAAGUCCCGGAUCCAGGCGCUCCGGCACAUGAACGAGAGCAGCCCUGACAACGUCAGCUACGCGGGGCAGUCGGCGUACGACGUGGCCGACCUGCUGAAGCAAUACUUCCGCGACCUGCCCGAGCCCAUCUUCACCAGCAAGCUGACGGACACCUUCCUGCAGAUCUACCAGUUCGUGUCCAAGGAGCAGCGGCUGCAGGCGGUGCAGGCUGCCAUCAUCCUCAUGCCCGACGAGAACCGCGAGGUGCUGCAGACCCUGCUCUACUUCCUGAGCGACAUCGCCUCGGCCGAGGAGAACCAGAUGACUGCCGGGAACCUGGCCGUGUGCCUGGCCCCCUCCAUCUUCCACCUCAACGUGUCCAAGAAGGAAAGCACCUCACCCAGGGCCAUACACAAGAGGGGCACCAUGGGGAAGCCGGACCAGAAGGACCUGAACGAGAACAUGGCUGCGACGCAGGGGCUCUCCCACAUGAUCACCGACUGCAAGAAGCUCUUCCAGGUCUCCCAUGACAUCUUGCUGCAGCUGAGCAGCUCCUAUAUGGCUGCAGAUGCUUAUCCACACCCCCUGACUGACUUGGUGUGCCAAGGGGAGAGUAAGGAUCUACACUCCUACUUCGAGCAGAGCAUCCAGAACCUGCUCAAAGAGUCAUCAGAGAAAUUCAAGGGGUGGCUGAGCACCCCAGGGCCCCUGAACACAGAGCUGUCCUGCAAAAAGGUUGGGGAUGGGAACCCCCUGCGCCUGUGGAAGGUGUCCACGGAGGUGGAGGCCCCUCCUGCCACAGUGCUGCACCGGGUGCUGCGGGAGCGUCACCUGUGGGACGAGGAUCUGCUGCAGAGCAAGGUGGUGGAGGCCCUGGAGCAGGACAUGGAGGUGUAUCACUACGUGACGGACAGCAUGGCCCCCCACCCGCGCAGGGACUGCAUGGUGCUCCGGCGCUGGCGCACGGACCUGCCGCGGGGAGCCUGCCUGCUCGUGGCCCUGUCGGUGGAGCACGACAAGGUGCCGGUGGAGGGAGGCGUCAAGGCCGUCGUGCUGACGUCCCAGUACCUCAUCGAGCCCAGCGCCAUGGGCCGCUCCCGAGUGACCCACAUCUGCAGGGCCGACCUCAGGGGCCGGUCUCCCGAGUGGUACAACAGGGUCUUUGGCCACCUCUGUGCCAUGGAGCUGGUGAGGAUCCGGGACUCCUUCCCAGCCCUGAGUCCGAGUGGCCCUGAGACGAAGAUCUGAGGCGCCAGGAAGAUGCUGCGUCCUGUCUGACGUGGACUCGCUGUGGAUCUGGACUGGGGCUCUGGGCAGGGAGCACAGCGUGGGCAGUGCCCAUGGAGGGGGAGGCAGAGGCACAUAUUUAUAAACGUCCUUUCACCCCAGGCUGGGCAGUCCCCAUCCCACCAGCCCUGGAGCGCUGCAGGGCAGAGGGUCCACAGAGGAAAAGCCGUGCCCCUGUCCCACAGGAGGGGUGGGGGAGCUGAUGGAAGAGGGGCUGUGGGGUGACCCCGGGAAGGCAGCCUGUGGCAGGAGCUGGGUCCCCCAACAGCAGCUGGGAGCAAUGGUGGGGGUGAAGGAGCGUGCAGCGAGGUGGGAGGACGCAGUAGGGUCGAGCAGAGAGGACGGGCCGUGUCUGCAGGUGGCAGAGCUGUGUUGGGAAGUGGAGGGUGGGCAGUGAGGGUGGAGUGUGUUUGUGGUGUCAGCCGGCAGGGACAGCCAGGGAGCCACAGCUGGGUAGUGAAAGAGGCUGCU